UUGCGGUCCCAAAAACUUCAUGGACGAAAGCGUUUUAGUUUAACGUGUCGCUUUAGCUUACUCUUUGUAGAAAACAAUGACACAAAGAAAUAAGAUGAGCCUUAAGGGGCGUUCAGACCGAACGCGUGAUUGCUCUAAACAAAAAAUCUAGACGCACUGAAACGCAUAGAUAACCGAAAGCAGGUGUCUCGAGACGCGCUUUUAAAAGUUGACGUUGUUUUUUACUCGACAAGACGUCUGAAAAACGUCAGGCUAGCGCAUGUUUACGUAGAAAAACAAUGAAAAAUUAGCGCAGGCGGACACAAAAAACGCGUUCGCUGUGAAGAGGCGUGGCGCGCGGAGAGAAUGAUUGACGCAAGUUUCUCGCGUAAAAAGGGGCGGGGCGAGAGGUGAAGUGAAACAUGUUAUGUUGAUGUAUAUAAACGCGUUCUCAUCAAAUACGAAGACGCUGCUACAGGUGAACGCAAGCAAGGUUGUGUGUGCUUAUACGUGUGUGAGGUGUGCUGGUGUGAGGAUGGAUGUGGAGGAGACUGGAGCAGGUCACGUGGAGGCAGCGACUGCAGCAGAAAAGGCACCUGCUCCCAAACGCAGCAGAGGCAGACCUCGCAAACUACCACAGGAGUCUGUUGAACCCCCCGCUCCCAGGAGGCCGAGAGGAAGACCAAGAGGCAGUAAAAAUAAAGGCCAGAGGGUCACAUCCAAAGUAGAGGCACCUAAAGAAAGGAGACCGCGAGGUAGACCAAGAAAAUGGCCACAGCCUCAGAAAACAGUUCAUCAGGAAGAACAGCAGCCCUCUCAUCCUGAGGUGGAGGGGGCGGAGUCAACAGAAGACCUGCCCACUCAGACUCCGCCUUCUGAAUUGGAACCACAGGAGAGUUUGUAAAACUACCUCACUGGAGGCAAUGCUCCAACUCAGCUGCAACUGAAUAGUUAAAUAGUUUAAAAUAGUUUAAUAGUUAUUAGUUGUUUACAUUAUUUUAAUGUUCAAAAUUUUUAAAGGAGAACUGCCACUGCUUGCAUCAUUUAGUCAAAGAUUAGCCUUAAAUUGUGUCCAGGAACCACAUAGGACCACAAAACAAUCCCAUUGUGGAAGAUGCAGUUUAUUUAAUAUUGUACAUCUCAGGAUUCUGAAGAUAUAUGUUACCAAACUUGAAACUGAUCAUUUUACAGUUGAAACAUUGUGCAUUUUUAGAAUAUUUUGAAGUGUAUAAUAUUGUGUAUUGAUUUAUAUGUUUACAGUGGAGUUAAUGGAUUGGAAAAAAAAAUGCAAUUGUGUUGUUAUGAAAAUACAUAUAAAAACUAGUAAUGAGCAGGGAUGCAAACUACUCACCUUUCAGCUAAAGUCACCUUUUCUGUAGCUAAUUUGCCCAAAGUGUUUGGUAAAAUUUUCUACGGUUUCCUUAUUGAAAUUGAUUAUAAAUUGUCUUAAGAAAAGAAAAACAAUGUGACUGUGGCAAGGAACACAAAACUCCAUAAGAUUCCAUAAUAUAUGUUGGUUAAUGGAGAAAAAUAACCUUUACAUUUACACUUGCAUUUAGUCAUUUAGCAGACGCUUUUAUCCAAAGCGACUUACAAAUGUGACACAAAGCAAGCAAUGUGUCAUACAAAGUUUAACAACACCUGCAAUAUAAGACUGCUAAGUUCUCACAGUGGCUGGAGUAGUAAAGAUGCUAGUACAGAAGAUACAACCAAUUAAUCCUUUAAAUACAACAAACGAAUGAGCUGAAUAUAUACAUUUACCAUGACUUUCCCACCUUUUUCAUCUCUCAUGAGUUUGCAUCCCUGAAUGAGACAUAACAUCAAUAAUGCCGCAACUGUUCAACAAAUAAUUUAAAUUCAAAACAUGAAAUUGAAAUUGAGUACCUCUGCACGAGAUACCUCGGUUAUAUUGUUUUCCUACUCCAGAUAGUAUGUCAUUUGUUUUUGUUUUUUCUAAAUAUAUAUUUUUAAUGGCCAGUCUCUGGAGUGUAACAGGAUUAUUUUUGGCACUAUAUUAUAUUUUUUUAAAUAUAUAUUUUUAUAUGUCAAAUAUACACUAUAUGGCCAAAAUGUUGUGGACACCCCCUUCUAAUUAAUGAAUUUGGUCACUCCAUGAAAUCCAGUAAAGAAAAAUCUUAAUGUUUCUUUAUGUAAUGGCUUGGGCUUUGUGUGCUUCCAAAAUUGUGGCAGCUGUUUGGGGAUAGCCCUUUUCUGUUCCAGCAUGACAAUGCCCCUGUGAACAAAGUGAGGUCCAUAAAGAAAUGGUUUACUGUGUCUGGCGUGGAAGAAAUUGACUGGCCUGCACAAAGCCCAGACCUGAACCCCACUGAUCACUUUUGGGGUGAACUGGAACAGCAACUGUAAGUCAGGCCCUAUUGACCAACAUCAGUUCCUGACCUCACUGAUAGACUUGUGUCUGAAUGAGAGCAAAUCCCUGCAGCCAUGUUACUACAUACAGUAUAGUGGAAAGCCUUCCCAAAAGAGUGGAAGCUGUUAUUACAGCAAAGGGGGAAACUGAUGCCUAAGGUUUUGAAAUCAAAUGUUCAUCAAGCACAUAUGGUGUCCACAAACUUUUGGCCAUAUAGUGUAUAUCAUUUUUACUACAAAUUCUGAUAUUGCGCUGACAUGGAGGUGAUAUUUACAACAUUACUGAUGUUUAUAGCAUCUUUCAUUGAUCAUUUUUAGGAUAUUGAAAUGGCAAGACAGUUAUGUAGUUUUAUAUCAUUACGAUUUCUGGUUUCUUUAAAGCAAAGUACAGUUUUGUUUUUUGUUUUUUUUAAGAACUAGAGAAUAAAAAGUUAUUUGUGGAACUUUAAAAGUUUCUCAGAUUACAUCAGGUUGUGUGAAUCUCUUUUUGUUUCUAACUGGAAUUGUUAUUUUUAAGAAUGAUACCAAACAUUGUUUUAAAGUACAUCAUGGUAGAGCCAGUUUAGCCAUUAAAAAACCUGGAAAUAUCAGGGAAUUUUUAAAUUGUGUUUUCCAGGCCUGGAAAAUUCAUGGAAAUUUGUAAAGUGAAUAUAUACAGUAUUGUUCUAGUUUUUCUCUGCUCUGAAAUAUGUUUAGAUUAAAACAUGCUCACAAGCCAUAGUGAUGUUUGAUUUGUCAGUGAUUUAUUCUUUUUAGUCACUUCUUUCAAAAUGUAUCUAAAUAAUUCAUUAGCAAAUCGGUCUGAAUAAAACAUUUAUUUUUAAACAUCUGUAUCCAGUAAUCACAAAUGCUUGAAAGGGUCAUGGAAAAGUCAUUGGGCCCUAUUUUAAGAGCAGAAGCAUUACGUGCAACGCCUUAAGUGCAAAGUCAAUGGUCAUGGCCAUGAAGUUUUAGUAUGCAAGCAUGUGCUUAGUCUAGGCGCAAGUGGGUUUGGUGAAAUCAUGCGCCAACACACAAAAGGCUGGACCGGGUGCAAUUUAAUUCUGAGGUUCUUCUCUGGUUAUUCCAGCGUCUGCGUCCUAUUUUAUAGUCCAUUCCCUUUCAAGCACUAACAAAUUAAACAAAGACAGCACAUUCAUAAGAAGCUGGAAGUGUAAAUGGACUUUAUGCAAUGAAUUAAAAGAAUAGAAAUGUGGACUUACAUUCUUUUGUGCGUUAACUGCGUCCUUGAUGAAUGCCAGGCAUAUUUCUAUGACAGUGACCCGCUCCUUUUAUAUGCAUGGAAAAUGCUAGUCUCGUCAAAAUUUGGAUUUGUGCUUUAAAUUAUAUAGAAUGUAAGUGUUAUUAAUCAUUUUCAUCUACUGACACACAAAUCAUGACUGGUCAAUGAUUGUAUGGGAAAGCACUUCACUUCUACCGGACGAUUUUGAUGUGAACAAAAUAAAUUCAUUUAUUGAAACACAAACAAAUUAAGCCAAAUAUAUUUCUAAAUUCAAACUAAAUGAAAAUAUAAUCAAAAUAAUGAAGUGGUCAAAAAAAUCAUACCAAAUCCAAACAUUUUACUCUGUCCAACUUCUUCCACCGGCCCCUUUUUCAGUGACUUAAUAAUCGCUCAAAAACAAAAAUAAAACAAAAUGCAGGAACUGAAUUUGGUCUUUGCGCUGAGUUAAUACGUGGUAUUGAAACAUCUUAGCGCAAUGACCAAAUUCUCAGGAAAAUAGCAAAUGCUCUUUGCACCAGUUCAUUUACAUACAAUACACCCAGUGUUUGCACGCCUACACUCACAGUAGCGCAAACACUCCCACCAAUGCCCGUUUGCGCUUUGCGCUGGCACAAAAAUUGCACUUAGAAUUAGCACUCUCACGAAAAUUGGAUAAGACACUGCACACGGUCGUUGCGCUGCGCUAUGCGCACUCACGAAAAUAGAGCCUAUGUUCAAAAUUGGUCAAUUAAUUGGUCAAAAAGGGUAGGAACCUUGCUUUUAAUUCAUAUUAAUUAAUUAGACUGUGGUAAAGGCUUCUCAAAAGUGUUAUUAUAUUCUUCAAAGAUCAGUAAUGCGGUUUCAAACAUGUUUACAUACUCCAUGUAUUUGCCUUUAUUGACUAUAGUCUGUUUUUAUUGUAUUAACCAAUAAAAUAUGUUUUGGUUGUAUGCUUUUUAACAAUUUUUCCAUAGAAACAGAGAUGCACAUGUAAUAGUCUAAAUGUCUGUUUUUAUUAUGUCCUUAAUUGUCGUAAAAGUUUUAAAAUUUCUUUCAAAU